AUGGCAACCUCUGAGGGCCCUACUGAAGUCAAUACUUCUAUUCAAUCAGAUGAACAAGAUACUGAACAGGGACCUACUGAAAUCAGUGCUUCUAUUCAAGAAGUUAAAGAAGACAACCUUGAUUUUAACGAAUCACAAGAGAAGAAAACAGAAGCAGCAAAAAAAAGAUUGAGCCAAAGAAGAGAGCCAGUCAAUAUGUUAGUGAUUGGUCCAACUGGAGCUGGUAAAUCAACACUCAUCAAUGCUUUACUGGGAGACACUGUAGCAGAAGUUGGUCAUGGAGCAGGAUCAGUUCAGUCUGAAGUUAAAGUGCAUGAAGGAGAACAUGAAGGAAUACAGUUAAAGGUCUACGAUACUACUGGGUUCAGUGAUACAAGAGGGAAGAGUGGCAAUAGCAUUGUCAAAGAGAUUGCUGAAGCUAAAAAGUUUGAUCUGAUACUGAUCUGUAUCAGAAUGGAUAGCAGAGCAGAUGAAAAAGUUAAAGAUAUGUUCAGAGUUCUUGCAGCUAACAUAAAAAAGGAAAUGUGGGAUAGAUCA